AUGACAUCAGCUGUAGUGGAUCCUUACGAAGACAUUCCUGCAGCUCCAGUCGAUGAUGACAUUGAGGAUAAACCAGAAGCUGAUAAAAAAGUUUUGUUAAAUCUUGUGUUCAGAUCCUUGAAGAGAACACAAGAUUUAUUUCAUAAUGAAUAUUUCCUUCCACCAGUUCUACCAGAAGUAAAUGAGGCGUUGAUAAAGUCGAUUAAAAGAAAGCAUGAAUAUGGUGGUGUAAUUAAAAAAGUAGAGGAAGCAAAGAAGAUGAAAGAAGACGAGAUGUUAGCUUUACCAUCAUCGAAACCUGUUUUUGGUGCUGGAUCAGUUAUAGCGUCCGCUGGAACCACUCUAGCCAUAACCGAUGGUUCCGGAAAAUUGGUACCACAAGCGCAACCAACUACGUCACAAGGAAAAUUGCUUCCGCUUAUCCCAGUUGGGCAAUCUCAAAAAUCGGAAGACAACACAACGCGAUCUCUACUACCAUCAAGGGCUCCGAUGAUGAUGAAACCAAAAUGGCAUGCACCAUGGAAGCUUUAUAGAGUUAUUUCUGGACACACGGGUUGGGUGCGUGCUGUCGACGUUGAACCAGAAAAUCAGUGGUUCGCAACUGGUGGUGCUGACCGAAUCAUCAAAAUCUGGGAUCUAGCUACGGGAAAAUUGAAACUGUCUUUAACCGGUCAUAUUAGUUCUGUAAGAGCUGUCAAAGUGUCGCCAAGACAUCCAUUUUUGUUCAGUGGUGGAGAAGACAAGCAGGUUAAAUGUUGGGAUCUGGAAUAUAACAAAGUUAUUCGUCACUAUCACGGACAUCUGAGUGCUCUUCAAUCUCUAUCUGUUCAUCCAACCUUGGAUGUUUUGGUCACAACAUCGCGUGAUUCGACCGCUAGAGUGUGGGAUAUGCGUACAAAGGCACAAGUUCACUGCCUUGCCAGUCACACGAACACUGUGUCCGAUGUCGUUUGCCAAGCAGUAGAUCCACAGGUAAUAACGUCUUCGCACGAUGCCACUGUAAGACUAUGGGAUCUUGCUGCUGGAAAGUCGAUGUGCACAUUAACACACCAUAAGAAAUCCGUCCGAGCCCUUGCCUUACAUCCAAGAUUGAACAUGUUUGCUUCUGCUUCUCCAGAUAACAUCAAACAGUGGAAAUUGCCGCAGGGAGAGUUCAUGCAGAAUCUCUCUGGUCAUAACGCCAUUAUAAAUUCGCUUUCUUGUAACGACGAUGGUGUACUGGUUUCUGGUGCCGACAACGGUACGAUUUGCUUCUGGGACUGGAGAUCCGGAUUCUGCUUCCAGAAAGUCCAAACCAAACCACAACCAGGUUCCAUCGAUUCGGAAGCUGGUAUUUAUGCAACAUGCUUCGAUAAAUCUGGAAUGAGAUUAAUCACAGCGGAAGCUGAUAAGACUGUGAAGAUGUACAAGGAGGAUGAACAAGCGACGGAAGAAACACAUCCAAUUGUGUGGCGUCCAGAAAUCGUCAGAAGAAAAGCCUAUUAA